CACUCUGAACAAACAGAGCAGCUGCCAAUCACCAGGUCUCAGGCUGCUGCCGCUCAGCACUCUGUCUCCACACAUCCAACUCUGACUCCGUCUGCGGUGCGACAGUUCACCUGCUCUGCAGCACACUGACCUCUGACUGCAGCCAUGGAUCCCAAACUGAGAAAGGCCAAGAUGAUCUUUGGCCUGAAAGUGAAGAAGAAGAAGAAAGUCAACAAAGACCUGGUCUUGGCAAACAAGGGAGCUGUGGACAGUGAGACAGAGAUGCCCUCCAAGGCGUCUGCUCCGCUGGAAGAGGAAAACGCUGAUGACCAAUCAGGAACCUCUGAAGUCAGAACCAGAAUAAUGGCAAACAACAAGAGGUCCAAACUGAAAACUUGCGUCCAUGACAUUGAAAAGAAACCACAGAGCUUCCAGAUCGCCAUUAACAUCACAGAGGCCAGGCAGCUGGUGGGGGAAAACAUCGACCCCAGUGUGGUGAUCGAGAUCGGCGAUGAGAAGAAACAGACGUCAGUCAAAGAAGGAACCAAUGCUCCCUUUUACAAUGAGUACUUCGUGUUCGACUUCUUUGCCCACAAAGACGUCUUCUUUGACAAAGUUAUCAAGCUUACGGUGAUGCACUCGAAGAUGCUGAGGAGUUUCUGUGUCGGCUCCUUUAAGCUGGAUGUGUGGACAGUCUACAAGCAGCCAGGCCACCAGUUCGUCAAUAAGUGGGCCAUGCUGACCAAUCCUGGUGACAUUAACACCGGGGUCAAGGGUUAUGUCAAGUGCGACAUCAGCGUCUCGGCGAAGGGGGACGCCAUGCAACCCGGUCCAAAAGCCAGCGAUGCUGAUGAGCAGAUAGACAAGAACCUGCUGAUACCAGAGGGUUUUCCCUCUGAGCGACCCUGGGCUCGUUUCUACGUGAAGGUGUAUCGAGCCGAAGGUCUACCUCGGAACAACUCCAGCAUCAUGGCCAAUGUCACCAAGGCCUUCAUAGGGGACAACACAGCCCUCGUAGACCCAUAUGUAGUGGUCAGCUUCUUCAAACAAGUGGGUCGCACAUCCACCCAGAAGUCCACAGCCGACCCGGUGUGGAACGAGCAGAUCGUCUUUACAGAGAUGUUCCCUCCUCUGUGUCAGAGAGUGAAGAUCCAGGUCUGGGAUGCAGGAAGUAUGAGUGACGUUGCCAUAGGAACCCAUUACUUUGACCUGAGACGCAUCUCCGAUGACCAGGAUGGUGACAGAGGGUUUUUACCAACUUUUGGUCCUGCUUGGAUCAACCUGUACGGAUCCGCACGCAACUUCUCACUGGGUGACGACACAGCGGAGCUGAACGAGGGCAUCGGAGAGGGAGUGUCAUACAGGGGGCGGGUCUACAUGGAGCUGGCAGUGGAGAUCCUGUCAGGAGGAGGGACGGGCUCGGAGUCCAAACUCAGCCGCGCGAAGGACGCUAAGGCGGGAAAGGCUGGAGGGAAGGAUGGUAAGACGGCCGCAGGAGGAGGAGCCGGAGGAGGAGCAACAGGAGGAGGAGCUGCAGAUGAUGACAAAGGAAAAGCUGUGGCGGCAGAAGUCCUGCCUGUGGAAUCUCCUCCUGUGCUGAAUGCCAACAACAUGGAGAGCUACCUGCUGCUUGGUGCUCUGUUCGAAGCCACCAUGAUCGACAGGAAGAUUGGAGAUAGGCCAAUCACCUUCGAGUUCUCCGUGGGUAACUACGGUAACACCUUAGAGACCACGGGUCAGCCCCCCGCGAGCACCAGUCCUACAGUUCCUCGGAGGAGAAAAAUGCUGGACGUCUCAGACAGCGGCGACGCCGCAGGCUCCUCCCCUCUCAGCUCCUCGCCGUCCUCCCCUCUCCUGCCCAGAGAAUAUCAGGACAUCGCCUUGACCUCCAGGUCGACCACACCCCCGGAGAGGCCGCUCAUCAUCGAGGGAAACAGGCACUACAUGUAUCUGCCACUGGAGAAGCAGAAGCCGUGUAUCAACGUCUUGAGUCACUGGGAGAACAGAACGUACCGACUCUACAACUCCAACAUGCUGGAUAAUAUAGCUGUUCUGUUUGAGGAGGGUGUGGCCGGUGUGGCCGAGCUACACAAGAAGUCGGAUCCUGUGGCGAAGGAUGAGCUCAACACCGUUCUGAAAGAAUUCUGCAUGGAUGCCAGGAGUUUCAUAUCAGCAGCUGAGGCCAAGUUGAAGGCAGAAUUAAAGUCCAGUAACCUGACACAGCUGGACAAGAAACGCCUCACCAUGUGUAAACAAGAGCUGGAGAGUAUGGUCGGAGAGGCCCAGGCCUUGGGAGAGAGGAGGAGGAAAGCCGGAGGUCUGAAAGAGAUUCUGAAGGAGGCAACGAAACUCACACAGAGACUUCGCUUUCUUGUGGAGGAGCCUCAGCACACGGUGCCGGAUGUGUUCGUGUGGCUGCUGAGCAACAACAAGCGCGUCGCGUAUGCUCGGGUCCGAGCCAGAGACGUGCUGUUCUCCUGCAGCCCGGAGGCCCGAGGAGUUUACUGUGGCAAGAUAAUAACACUGUUUCUCAAGCCUCCAGGGAAGCGUGUUGCAGGCUUCUCAGUCCAAGCGAAGGUGGACGUGCAUCUGUGGUUGGGAACCUGCUCGGACUCCGGUCACAUGCUGGAUGACCUGCCCGCCGGUUUCAGUCCGGCCACAGGGGGCGCUGAUGGCGGCAGCCCUCAGACUCACCUGCUCUGCACAGAGCAGCACAAGUUCCAGUUGAGGUGUCACAUGUAUCAGGCUCGUGGCCUGAUCGCCGGCGACACCUCCGGCCUGUCUGAUCCUUUCGCUCGCGUCACCUUCCUGUCGCACAGCCAAACCACCAACAUUAUCAGUCAGACUCUCAGCCCCACGUGGAAUCACUGUUUGCCGAUGGGCAUCCUGCUGGUGAGCGGAGAUCUGCAGUACGUCCAGCAGGAGCCGCCGCGCGUCAUCAUCGAGGUGUACGACGACGAUGCGCUGGGUAAGGCAGAGUAUCUGGGAGCCACAGUGGCAGUGCCUGAGGUCCGGUUGUCCUCUGAACCGUACGCACCUCCGACCCUGCGGUACAGCCCGCUCCACUGCGGCAGCCAGCCCGGAGGAGACCUGCUGGCAGCUUUUGAACUGCUGCAGAUCCCAGAGUCUGGACAGGAAAGUCUGCCGCCGUUGGAGGAGGAGGAGGGAGGAGGCAUCUACAGGGUUCCUGCCAACAUCAGGCCCGUUCUCAGCACCUACAGGCUGGAGGUUUUGUUCUGGGGUCUGAGGGAGCUGAAAAAGGUUCAGCUACUGUCUGUCGAUCGGCCACAGGUCUUUAUAGAGUGUGCGGGAAAAACGUUGCGUUCCUCCGUCAUUCAGAAGUACAAGUCCAACCCAAACUUCACCACGCUGGUUGAUGCCAUAGAACUGGAGUUGCCGGAGAACGAAAACCUCCUUCCUCCGCUGAGUAUCACUGUUGUCGAUUGGCGGGCCUUCGGACGCAGCACGCUGGUUGGAAACCACAUCAUCAACAACCUCAAGUCCUUUACAUACAUUCCACCGCCGGCCGGGCCUGCUCCCGCUCAGACUCACAAACCGGCCAAGGUCGUACACACCCCUGGACCUGCCCUGACACCAGAGCCACAACGCGCUGAAGCAGGACAGUCGCAGUUUGCAGGAGAGACCAGUUCCACUGUAGCUCUGACAAAUCAAGACUUACUCAUCACUGUGGAGGAAGAAGCCCCGCCCCCAGCCCCGCCCACCCCUAAGAAAGAACACAGGAAGAAAAGGGACGGCAGCACAAAGAGCACACACGGUCGUUCCACCAAGCGGAGGAGGCGGACUAUCGCUGACGAAUCGGCAGAGAGCGUCAUCGACUGGUGGUCCAAGUAUUACGCGUCUGUAGAGAAAGAGGCCAAACAGGACGACUCGGUUUUCCCCAAAGGCUUUGAAAAAGCUCGGCAGUACCACAGCUUACUCGGCGAUGGCAUAGAAUCUUUAGUCGGAACCCACUCGGAUGGAGACAAGAAGAAAAAGCAUAAAGGGAAAGGAACCCUUGGGCCGAAUGUUAGCCUACCUACCAAAUUAGCCACACUCAAGCUGUACAACAAGGAGCUGGAGGCAGAGUUUGGGCCAUUUGACGAUUGGGUAAACACAUAUGAGCUGUUCAGAGGCAAAGCCAAUGAGGAGGAAGGGGUGAAUGAAGAGAGGUUCAUUGGCAAAUUUAAGGGAAAAUUCUGCCUUUACAAGCUGCCUGAGGACGCGGACGAUGACUGGGAUGAAGUCCCGGACACGGGGGAAUUCAGUGUCAGUAGAGGAAUCCCUCGCAAUGGCCCCACGCAAGUCCUCGUACGGGUUUACAUAGUCUCUGCCUCUAAUUUGCACCCAUCCGACCCAGAUGGGAAAGCGGACCCGUACAUUGUUGUUCGCCUUGGCAAAAAUGAAAUCAAAGACAGAGACAACUACAUCCCUAAACAACUCAACCCUGUGUUUGGAAGAUCUUUUGCGAUGCAGGCAACAUUUCCUCAGGAUUCUCUGCUGUCAGUGCUGAUCUAUGACUAUGACUUGGUGGGAGGGGACGACCUGAUCGGAGAGACCCGCAUUGACCUGGAGAACCGAUUCUUCAGCAGGCACAGGGCCACCUGUGGACUCCCCGCCGAGUACAGUCUUGACGGAUAUAAUACCUGGAGAGACUGUCUGCCGCCGUCAGAGCUGUUGUCUAAGCUGUGCAGAGAAAACGGAGUGGACGGUCCUCACUUCAGACCAGGACGCAUAACUGUGGCGGACAAAGUCUUCACUGGCAAAACGCUCUUCAUGAAUGAAGACCAGCCAGAGGAAUCCUACGAGCACUUGUCUCUGAAGAUCCUGCACCGCUGGGCGGAGAUUCCAGCUGUGGGAUGCAAGCUGGUCCCAGAACACAUUGAGACCAGAACUCUGUUCAACAAGGCCCGGCCCGGCAUGGACCAGGGUCAGGUACAGAUGUGGAUCGACAUGUUUCCCAUGGACUUACCUCAUCCUGGACACCCAGUGGACAUUUCACCUCGAAAACCAAAAGGGUACGAGCUGCGAAUCAUCAUCUGGGACACGGAAGAUGUGAUUCUGGAGGACAGCAACUUCCUGACCGGUCAACAGUCCAGUGACAUAUACGUCAAGGGCUGGUUGAAAGGUUUAGAGGACGACCGACAGGAGACAGACGUCCACCACAACUCUCUGACCGGAGAAGGAAACUUCAACUGGCGCUUCGUCUUCCCAUUCAGCUACCUGCCCGCUGAGAAGGUCUUGGUGGUGAGUAAGCGAGAAAGCAUUUUCUCUCUGGAUAAAACGGAGCAGAAGCUUCCCGCCAUCCUUAUCCUGCAGGUCUGGGACUUCGAGACGCUCUCGUCCGACGACUUCCUAGGCACUGUGGAGUUGGACCUCCACGGUUUCCCUCGGGGGGCAAAGACGGCCAAGUCGUGUAAGGCGGACAUGUUGACGGACGGCACGGAGAGAAUCUCCAUCUUCCAGCAGAAGAGGGCGAGAGGCUGGUGGCCCUUCAGCAAAUCUGGAGAGCUGACGGGGAAAGUGGAGGCGGAGUUCCAUCUCGUGACGGCAGAGGAGUCGGAGAAAAAUCCUGUUGGCCGAGCUCGCAAGGAGCCGGAGCCGCUUCCGAAACCAAACCGUCCGGACACCUCCUUCUCGUGGUUCGUCAAUCCCUUCAAGUGUUUCUUCCACCUGAUUUGGCGAAACUACAAGAAGUACAUCAUCAUCGCCCUGGUGCUGCUCAUCAUCGCGCUCUUCCUCGCCCUGCUGUUCUACACACUGCCGGCGGCCAUCUCUCAGAAGAUCGUCAACGGAUGAAACACACAAACUAUAAUCAUCACACUGUAGAACUUUAUACAGGUUCAGAAUUAUGUUGAACUUUAAGAUGAUGUAAACAUUUACUGAAAAACAUUUGCUAAAAAAAAUCUGAGAGUUUAAAAAAAAAAUCACUUGCACACUGAAGCUGCUGCCCCCGUGACCCGACCCCAGAUAAGUGGUUGAAGAUGAUGAUGAUGAUUACUUGCACAUUAUAAGUUUUCGUCUUUUAAUAAAAAAUUCAGGAGUCA